UUCUGUAGAAUUUCUUAUUUUUUUGGCGUCGUUGUUGAACGUCACAAUUUUUGAGAUAGCCUUGUUUUUACUGUUGUUCGUACCGGCAACAAAUGCAGAUAAAAAGACAUUGUGACGACGCAUUUACGUGCUACCAAGCACAAUUUUUUCGAUCGAAGACGAUGAGUAUACUGGAGUGAUGCAAUUUUGUGUGAAAUCAGUUCUUAAAAUUGACCAUGAAACGCUUCUGAAAUGGGGGUUGUUGAAGUGUACGUGGCUUUCUCCAAAGCAGCCACAUUAACGUCCGACGUGUCCUUAAAACCUAAUAAAAAUCACUCCUCUGUCCUAGCCAGUUAAUUUGGUGUCGUAAUUCAAUUUGAGUAAGACUGUGUGAGGUACCCGUACUCCGUUCAAAGACAUGUUCAACACAAAGACGUGUAUUUCUUUAUUUCUUCUUGUUGGACUGAGGAGUCUUGCAAAAGGAUCUCUGUUGAUAAACUACCCUUUCGAUGAUUAUGGGUCUUGCGGGGCGCGCGAGGAUACCUCGCAAGUCUCCUCGCGUCGCGUGGCAAUAAACUGUUUAGCUGAUUGGUCUUGGCACAGGCAUACGUUUCUAGACUUUGUCAACUGGGAUCCAUUUGAUGAUGACCUGUUUGAAAUGGACUUUUUCCACAACCAUAACCUGUUCUUCCCCAGAAUCCACAGAGCGCUUAGUGUUCGUCACGUGACAGCUGCGCACCCCUUGGUGAAAAGAAAUGACCACGAAAUUUUCCGGCUGUCUAUGGACGUCAAAGGAUUUGAUCCAAAUGAGCUUGCCUUGAAAUUAGAAGGACGAGAACUGCUCAUCAAUGGCUUUCACUCGUGCGAGGGAAACCAAGACAAACCCUGCUUCCAAAGAGGGUUUUGUUGGCGUCGAAAAUUGCCCGCAGAUGUGGAUUUGAGCUCUUUGAAAGCCACUUUAACCAAGCCAAACACCUUAGAAAUCGAGACCACAAAGAUCAGACAUUACAAAGGUCAGAACAUACAGAUUGAUGUGCGUGAGAAGUCCAUUGAUCGAUCACUACCAGCCGAAGACAAUCGCGAGGAAGAAAAUCAAAAUACUGAUUACAUGCGUGAACACAAUGUUAACCAGGAGAGUAGUGAAGGAGACGAGGAGGCAACAGUGGAAAUAGUUCCUGAUGAGAAUUUGAAUCCUGAUUACAGUGACUGAGAAGCACGUACAUUUACCUUAGACUGUUAAGCAUAAGCAUGGCCUGUAACAGUUUGAGCUGCUUGGCUGAUGGCUCAAACGAACCUUUUUUGCUUGAUUGUUAUUGCACACGGUAUAAUCAUGAGUUUCACAGUGCAAGUAAUCACUUUCUGUCAUCAUUGUGUA